AUGGGUGCCUCCUUAACAUCACCUUUACCACAUCGACCGCCAACAAGCGUCUGUAAUCAUUUAUUUGUGGCACCAGAUGCGCCACCAAUUUUCCAGCAUCAUCCAUUGACAACGGUACAAACCAAAAAACAAUCGGUAUUUGCGGCAGGAUGGAAUUGGUCCAAGAAAGCUGCUCAGCAGUUUUUCGAGACUUUUUAA